AUGGCAGAUGACUUCGGACAAAACUCCACUAGGCAAUCUGGCCUUUUGUUCAAGUCAGUCUGUCCUCCGCCUGAUUCUUCACACACAUCAGACCCAGCUUCGUUCUUGCCACUUAUCGAGGACGACGCGGCAGUACUAUCCGCAGACUUGCGCCCCAAAGGCUUGAAACACUCUACCAGUCGACUCGCUCAUCUUUGGUCCUGCUCUAAGCCAUCUAAUAUCUGCUUACUACCUCAGUCCUCCGCCUCUUUGCUGUCUUUCUCGAAGCCUCUAUUUAGCCCAUCAGCAUCAGAAAAGGAUUUAGUAGAACUUCCUCAGGAUUUAACAAAUGGAAGGAAUUUUGACUCUUCUGCUUUGAUGAGCAUAGUUAGCACACCCAAAGCUCCUAUUUCGCUUGUUCUUUCAGGGCUCGCAAGCCCUCUAUCGUUUGGCCAUCGUAUUACUUCGAACUCCUCGUCGCAGCGAAAGAUUGACCCCACUUUUAACUCGACUAGGCCUAGGGUCUGGGAGAGUCCUAUACAUGCCUAUGAUAGUUGGCCAUACUGGCAUGAAAACUCAAUGAAUUCGUCAUCGACCGAGACAACUCCCAUUUCAGUUAGUCCUGCUUUCGAGGUACAGAGAGAGAAGGAUGCAGAAGCGAAAACAGUUGUCGGCCCCAUUGAAUUAUCUGGAGUCUACGAUUCGACCAUUGGCCCUCCAUCUCACUUUAAUAAUCGAUGUAUCAGGCAAUUCUCCGAGUUUCCUGGAGAAUCCAAAAUUGAAGCUCAGGUUCAGGACUUUGAAUUAAUUUCAGACUGCCUGGCAGAAAGUGCUACCGAUGAAUCCUUGAACUGGGAUAUAGGCGCUUUAUCCCAUAGAACACAACUUUUUGCUCGUUAUUUGUCGGAUGAGCUACGGAUGGAAAUACCUGAGUCAGAUGUAUCGGAUCCUGCCGAUUGCUGGCCUGAGACUGAGUUUAAUGAGGCUCUUGUUGGUCUUUGCGAUGACCCAUUAUCAGACAAGCACUUUUGCAGCAUUUCUGGACCAGACAUAUCAAGCGAGCCUCUCACUUGUAUGCCUGACCAUCGGAGCAGGUAA